CACCACUUCCCAGAUAAAGGUAUCGCCUGGAGGAGCCGCAGCAGCUCCCAGGACACUUGGAAGGGCUGAGUGCGGCACAUGUGGCUCCGGCACACAGGCUGCAGGAUGGCAGCCUGCCUGUGCCAGGGCUGGCAGCUCUCACUGCUCCCUACCAUCCUGCUCAGCCUCCGCAGCCCAUCAUCAGCCCCUGAGCCAGUGACAUCCCAAGACGCUGCACUGCUAGCAGGCGUGUCCGAGGACAUCCUCUGUUUCUCCCGCUCCUUCGAGGACCUCACCUGCUUCUGGGACGAAGAGGAGACAACAACUGGGAUGUGCCACUUCUACUACUGGUACAGCAGGGAUGUGCCCACAGAAUGCGUGGUCUCCACGUGGCACCAUGGGGCUGGCAGGAAACGACAUGUCUGCGUCUUCCCCAGCCAGGAUGUGCGGCUCUUCACCCAGCUCCACCUCCACAUCCUGGAUGCCACCACAAACCACACAAAGUAUUGGCGGGAGCUCAGCGUGGAUGCAGUGGGUCUCAUUGCUCCCCCAGUAAACAUCACUGCCCGCUGGGCUGGGGCUGCGGGGCAGCUCUGUGUGUCGUGGCAGCCACCACUUGCUGACUUCCCGAACUUCUUCCUCUAUGAAGUGCAGUGCUGUCCUGCCAGCUCCCCAGGGAUGCCUGGCAGCACCACAUUGAACCCCAGUGAGCAGCAAGCUGGGGAGCUCUCCAUUCAGUCAACUGUCAGCACCCACACACCCAGGGCCGGGGCAGCCUCCCCGGGACUGGGGCAGAGGCUGGUCCAGGCCAACACUUGGGUGGUGCUCCGGGACCUGCAGCCAGGGAUGAGGUACCACAUCCAGGUGCGCAGCAAGCCUGACGGUACCUCCAUGGACGGCGUCUGGGGGCCCUGGUCACAGGCAGUGGCUGCCGAGACACCCCACUCCUCUGGAGACAUUGGGCUGUGCUGCAGUACCCCUGACCUGCAGCACGUGCGCUGCGAGUGGAGCUGGGACCCUGCAGAGCCCCACAGCUCCCACCAGCUCUUCUACCGGCCACCUCCAAGCGGGGCUGGCACAAGGGAAGAUGCAUGGCAACAGUGCGAGGAGGUGAGCAGGGGGGCACAGGGCACUCAUGCUUGCACCUUCCAGCCCAAGGCUGGCAGUGCCAUCUCCAUCCUGGUGAAUGUCACCCGGACCCACAUGCUGCCUACACUCAGCUACUUCAAGGAGCCCUUUUGGCUGCACCAGGCUGUGCUCACAGAUGCCCCACAGUUUAUGCAGGCAACAGUGUCGCAGGGCCGGCUGAGCCUGCAGUGGCUGCCGCCCCUGGAGCUGCUGGCAGAGCAGCUGGACUACCAGGUCCGCUAUGCCAUGGAGAGCAGCCAUGACUGGAAGGUCCUGCAGGUUCCACGAGCAGCUAGGAAAGAAGUCCUGGACCUGCGGCCAGGCACCCGCUACCACGCCCAGGUGCGGGCCCAGCCCAGCGGGCCGUGGUACCAGGGCAGCUGGAGCGCCUGGUCCAAACCUGUUGUGGUUGAUGCCGUGUCUGAUGCGGGCUGGCUCAUCCCCAGUGUUACGGUGGUGCCGCUGCUCCUCUCAGCAGUGCUCCUGGGGCUGCGGUGCACCUUCCCCUCCCUCUACAGCAACGUGAAACAGAAACUCUGGCCGCCCGUUCCUGACCUGCACCGUGCUCUGGGCAGCUUCCUCCAGGAAAGCAGCAAGCACGGCCAGGCCAGCGCCUUCGACAAGCAGCCGCCGGAGGAGGCCGUCCUGCCCUGCCUGCUGGAGGUACUGCCCGGCCCGCGGCGCGAGGCGGGCCCGCCGCCGGAGAACGCUGGGGGCCGCCUGUCCAGCACCGACAUCGCCAACCAGUCCUACCUGCUCAUGAGCGGCUGGGAGCCGCGGGGAGCCACGACCGCCCCCACCCCGCCAUAAACUCUCGUUCCUGCCCAAGCGCCCGCCUGC